UUUGCUUUGCUUGCUUUGCUUCUGAUCUGUUGAUUUUUUUCUUUUCCUCCUGUAAUCGGAAACAAUGCCUAUAGAAGGGAUCUUUCUCUCUGCCUCAGUCAAAUUGCUGUUUGAGAAGAUGUCCUCUUUUGUGUCCUCCAAAUUACCCACCUUUGAAGGUAUUGGUACCCAGCUGAGCAAUUGGACCAAUAUGCUGCGCCAAAUUGAAGCUCUUCUAGUUGACGCGGAGGAGAAGCAACUGACCGAUCGAGCCGUGAACCUGUGGCUCGACGAUCUCCAGGAUCUGGCAUAUGAUUUGGAUGAUUUAGUGGAUGAGUUCGCCACCGAAGCUUUGCGACAGAGUCUCAAGGCAAAGCCGCCCCAAGCUAGUUCCAGCAAGGUAUGGAAUCCCAUUCCUAAUUUCAAGCCAAGAGAUGUUGUGUUUAAUUUCAAAAUGAGGUCCAAGAUUGAGGAGAUCACUACCAGAUUACGCACUAGUUUUGAACAAUGUUCGAAACUUAAUUUGGUUAAGAUUGUUGGAACCACCACACCUACUAAGACUUGGCAAAGACCAGAGUCUACGUCGUUAUUAAAAGAACCUCGCGUUUAUGGAAGAGAAAAGGAUCAAAGAAAGAUAAUUGAGUUGCUCGUAGGUGGGGGUGAAUCAAGUCGUAACAAAGUUGACGUAAUUCCCAUUGUGGGUAUGGGUGGGAUUGGCAAGACCACCCUGGCUCAGAUGGUAUACAAUGAUGAAACCGUGAAGAAGCAUUUCGAUCUGAAAGCCUGGGUUUGUGUGUCAGAUGAGUUUGACAUUAUGAAAAUAACAAAAGCAAUUUAUGAUUCAGUCACUUCCCAGACAUGUAGUUCUGAUAACUUGGAUCAAGCUCAAGUUCAACUAAAGCAGGCUUUGGCCGGAAAGAAGUUCUUUAUUGUUUUAGAUGAUGUCUGGAACAAAAAAUACAAUGACUGGAAUGAUUUGAACAGCCCUUUCAAGGAUGGAGCUCAAGGAAGUAAAGUCGUGGUGACUACACGUAGCAGAGACGUUGCAAGAAUGAUGGCAACUGUUGAACUUCAUGACGUUGAGAUCCUAUCAGAUGAAGAUUGUUGGUCAUUGUUUGCACAACAUGCCUUUGAGAAUAGAAGUAUUGAUGCAAAUCCAAAUUUGGUAUCAAUAGGUAAGGAAAUUGUGGAGAAAUGCAAAGGUUUGCCUCUGGCUGCUAAGACACUCAGUGGCCUUUUACGUUGCAAAGAACGAGAUGAGGAAUGGGUAGAUGUAUUGUGUAGUAAAAUAUGGGAACUAUCACACGAAGAAAGUGACAUCCUUCCAGCUUUGAGAUUAAGUUACCAUCAUCUCCCUUCGCAUUUGAAGCAGUGUUUUGCAUACUGCUCAAUAAUACCCAACGACUAUGAAUUCGAGGAAGAGGAGAUAGUCUUGUUGUGGAUGGCAGAGGGUUUCAUUCUGCAAAAAAGAGAGAAACAAAUGGAAGAUGUAGGAGGUGAGUACUUUCGGGAAUUGUUGUCAAGGUCUUUUUUCCAACCAUCAAGUACCGGUAAAAGCUCUAAAUUUGUGAUGCAUGACCUCAUCAAUGAUUUGGCUCAAGUAGUUGCAAGAGAAACUUGUUUUAGAUUGGAGGAUAUAUUGAAAUAUCCGAAGCAGUGCAAGAAUAUAAAGAAAGCUCGACAUUCAUCUUAUAUGCGGGAGCAAUAUGAGGGUACGAAAAAAUUUGAGAUCUUUGACAAAGCCAUACAUUUACGGACCUUCUUACCAUUUAAUGCACUAUAUAUUUGGAAAUGUCAUUUGGCAAGCAAUGUUUCCCUUAAUCUAUUGCCAAAGCUAAGACGCUUGAGGGUGCUCAAUAUGAGUAGAUAUUACAUCACAGAAGUUCCAAAUUCAGUUGGAGAUUUGAAACAUCUGCGGUAUCUUAACCUAUCCCACACCAACGUUGAAGAAUUACCUAAAUCAUUAGGCUCUCUUUACAAUCUACAAACAUUGAUGUUAAGAGGAUGUGAAAAAUUGAAAAAGUUGCCAACAGACUUGGGAAACCUAAUUGACCUACGUCAUCUCGAUAUUACAAAUGCACAUCACUUAGAAGAAAUGCCACUGGGAAUAGGUAAGUUGGCUAGUCUUCAAACACUAUCCAAUUUUAUUCUUACUAAAAACAGUGGGCAUCGGUUAAAAGAGUUGGGAAACUUAAUUUAUCUUCGGGGGAGGCUUUGCCUAUCUGGGUUACAGAACGUGGUGGUUCCAUUAGAUGCAAGGGAGGCGAAUUUAAUUGAUAAGGAGGGGUUAGAUGUGUUAUCAAUGGAAUGGAGUGUUAACUCAGAUGAUUCACGAGAUGGAAGAGUUGAAACAGAAGUGCUUGACAUGCUACAACCUCACAAAGAUUUAAAAGAGCUCCAUAUCAAAGGCUACCUUGGUGCAGGAUUUCCGACUUGGAUAGGAGAUCCUCUGUUCUCCAAUAUGACUGACCUAAGUUUAGAUAAUUGUGGAAACUGUGCAUCCUUGCCACCACUAGGACAACUACCCUCCCUCAAAAAGCUUUACAUUAAAGGAAUGAGUGUACUAAAGCAUGUCGGUCGUGAGUUUUAUGGGCAGGGUGGUGCAAAACCCUUUCAAUUACUAGAGACUCUAAGCUUUAAGGAUAUGCUGGAAUGGGAGUAUUGGUAUACUUUUGAAGAUGAUAAGGAAGUUGAACCAUUUACUCAUGUUCGUGAGCUCUCCAUCGAAAAUUGUCCUAAACUUGUUGGAAUGUUACCAAGUUAUCUACCUUGUUUGAAUAAUCUAAAGAUUAAGAAGUGCUCGCAAUUGCUAGUUGAAGUUUCCAAGGUUGUCCACCCGUCACUCACCUCUAUAGCUAUGAAUGACGUUCCUCUAACAAGCCUUCAAGCAGUCCUUGAGAUGAGGAGCAUGGUUGAUGACGAACUGAUAUCAGCAAAUGCAAAGUCUAAGCAUCCGAGUUCAAUAACUUCCUUGAGCAUUGGGAUGAUUAAGAAACUCGAGCUCUUGCCGAAAUGGGUUACUCAUCGGCUGAUGGAACUCGAAGCAUUGGAGAUCACAAGCUGUGAAGAACUCAAGACAUUGUGGAAGAAAGAGGAGAGAGUGCAACACAGUCUGAGUCUCCCUGCAUUCCGGCAUUUGAAAAUUAAAGGCUGCCCCCAGCUUGUUUCUUUGUUUGAAGAAGAUGAGGAUGAAGACAACAAAGGGCAACAUGAGCAGCAGCAGCAGCAGCAGCAACAAGAGGGACUCCCCUGCAUAGUGAGGAGGCUUGAGCAUCUAACAAUAGAUAAUUGUGAAAAGCUGGAGAAACUGCCACGGCUGCUACAUAGCUUCACUUUUCUUGGAGAGUUGUAUGUCUAUAAGUGUCCGAGUCUCAGCUCUUUUCCGGAGACAGGUUUUCUGUGCACGCUGAAAACACUCAGGAUAGAUGAUUGUGAGGCUCUGCAAUCCUUAUUCGGGUGUUUAACACAGAUUAAUGACAGUAAUCUUCAAGUGUUAGCUGUUCGUGAUUGUCCAUCCCUCACAUGCUUGAUAUCGUGCAGAGGUGGGGGGCUACCACCCACACUCAAACAGCUUCAGAUUACGAGGUGUAAAAAGUUGGAGGCACUGCUAGUAGUAGAUGAGGGGAUGGAAAUUACCUGUCCAUCUCUUGAGAUUGUUUUGAUCAUGGAUUGUGAUAGGCUCAAAUACUUGCCAGAUGCCCUUCCUAAUAAUAAUAAUAAUCUCAGGAAUCUCAGUGGAUUGUACUUGAAAGGGUGUAAGAAUUUGGAGUACAUUCCGGAAGGAUGGUUCCACUCCGCAACAAAUCUGGCACAUUUGGAUAUCAGGGAAUGCAAAAAACUCAAGGCCCUACCACACGGAUUGCAGAGCAUCAAAUACCUCACUUCUCUUCAAUCGCUGUAUAUGAAUAUUUCACAAUGGAACAACAACUUCAAGAAGAUUGGUUUGCGCAGUUUAUCCUCUCUUAGAAUACUGUCGAUUUCAGGCGCAAUUAGCGUGGCAGAGGAUGAAGAAGAAGAAGGUGUAGCGGGGUCCAGCUUUCCGAUAGAUGGGAAGUUGCUGCCCACCUCUCUGAUCGAUUUUCAUAUCGGGGGUUUCCGAAAUCUAGAGAAGCUAUCUUCUAAGUUGUUUCAAAACCUCGCCUCUCUUGAAUAUCUUGAAAUCUGGGGUUGCCCUAGGCUCAAAUCUUUACCAGUGCAAAGGCUGCCUCCCUCACUUAAGAGAUUGGGGAUCGGUGGAAGUCGGAAACUAACAAGGAAGUGUGAAAAGGGGAAAGGCAAGUAUUGGCCCCACUUAGCUCACAUACCUGAUGUCGAUGUUUGUUGAUGAGAUUCCCACCGCAGUUUUACAAGCACUCAAAUUGCCAGUUGUUGCCUAUAUAGUGAACGGGGAAAGUCAGAUUGAAAGUGAUUAAGCUGGUACAAAUUCUUGUUGAAGGGAGAAUUUUUUGGCCAGGCAAAUGAGGGUGAUGUUAAAAAAAAAAGAAGAAGAAAGAGAAUGAAAUGCUAUGAUAAAUGUGCUUUCAAGGAUUUGAAUACAAAGAAAGGCUUCUUCCGAUAGAUUUCCUCGUCUGCUUUUAUUUCCGAGGCAACCACAACAAAUGGAAGAGUUCUCAUUUCUUUCCAACUUGGUGCAUUUGUCCCUGGAUAUCCUGUCCAUCCAGUGAUUGUUCGCUAUCCCCAUGUACACUUUGACCAAUUCUGGGGCAAUAUAGCUUUGGGAAAGCUUAUGUUUAAAACAUUCAUAGUUUCACAAUUUCAUGGAGGUAUGUUGAGUGAUUUUUUAUUUAUCUAUAGUUGCAUAUAGUGAAAAUGUAGUGAGCUUGGCUUCCCCCACUAUUUUUGUUUGUAAAAUUUUUGGGUAGUAUGUUGUAUGAGGUGGCAAUUCAUAUAUAUAGGUUGUUAUAGUGAUUCCCCAAUUUGCUAUUUUUCUUUUGAUAACUAACUCUCUCUCGCAGAUCAUCAAUACUGAUUAUUCAUCAGCUUAAAUGUACAUGCAUUUAUAUGAUGUAUCCUU